CGUGAGUCAAUAACUUAGAUAGGGAAACCGAAAGGCCUUAGCCUGAUAAUAGAAUGGUAUCGAGAUCAAGCUUGCUUUUAGGAGUUCUCUUUCCGAAAUUGCAUAAAUAAGGAGGAAUUUUUCCAAAGUGGCAGUUGGGCUUUCCUCCCCGCUUCUUGCUCACAAAAAGACUUGUCGGAAAUCGCCGGUUGGGUAAAACAAGCAGCCUGGUCAAAAGUCUUCCUCAUUUUUGGGGAGAGCAGAAAGAAUAAACCAAAUUCAUUUUGAAUAUGCUUCGCCCAUUAUCUCCUCAUCUUAAGUCUUCAUUGCGCCACUUAAUCAUUUCUUUCAUUAUCCUGUCACCGGUUAUGUUCUCGGCCUAUCUCUUUUUUGAUUUGAUUGGUUUGAAUCCCGACCUAUUUCUUCUUAAACUAAAAGGUUCUUUUUUCCUCCACGGGUUACGUGCUAUUUUUCGGCUCUUUGGUUUGCAGAUUCCCAUUUUCGUUCUUCUUUCUAUCGUCGGUUCGGUAGUAGGUUCCAGCUUGCACAUGCAGGAUCCCGCAGGAGGUCAACCUGCUGCCAAUCCUGCCUCGGAGGGCACACACCGUCCUCAUCUGGCAGGCACAGCCUCUACCCCGUCGUCCUCUUUUUUCAAAGGACUUUCGGACGCUACCCAGACCCCGGAGCCUGGGGAAGAAGUACAGCAGAUGACCCCUCCUCAUUCCAUUUCUCAAACGGAUCUAUGGAAUGAAGUUUCCCCGUCGGCUCCAACCCCUGGUCAGGAUAAUCAACCGCCCCUGGUCGUCGAGCAAGCACCAGCUGAUCCCGCUCCACAGGAGCGUGACGAGAAUUCUCAACCCGAGAUGUUAGAAGGUGCAAAAUCAAUGGGUUUCGCAACUGCUACAAUUGCUUUCAGUUAUUGCUGCACGUGUUUAUGGAUUGAACGAGAUUGUUACCCGCAUCUGGAGAGGCUGGUUCGAGUCCAGUUCGUGACAAAGCCAAAGGUCAUAAAAAUUUCUCCACAAGUGGGAGUCUUCUAUCAGUUUAGUACUCUCCGGUCUCGCGAAGCCGGUAACCGGUACGACGUAAGAUGUUCAUUGACAGGGGACGAUGUCAAGCUCUUUCCUUAUCUUUACGCGGUCAUUGAGUUGAUCAACCGUCCAAAAGUGCUGUUUGACAGCCGUUCCCCGGUAGCCUACGAUUCUCUUUGGCUGUUGGAAGACAGAAAGAGUUUUGCUACGGAGCUUCAAGUCCAUAUGAAGAUUCCCGACCUUCACCUCUACAAUGAGAAGCGAGGGACUGGACUGAUUGACCUAAGGAUGAAUGUCCGACUGGUCAUGGCCAUAAUAAACGCAACGCAAGGUUUGCUCCAGCCUAUGAGAAGAAAGAUGAUCCCAGACCUGUCUGACCUAUCGUUAGCUUUGCUAAAGAAGCAGUACUCCCAGCCCUGUGACAAAGCACGGGGCUUUCUUCUUUCUACUCAUUUUGAAGUCAGAUUUGGAAAAACUCUUGAGAAAGGAAAUCCAUUCAGGAAUGGUACGGAACCAGGUAAGGAAGGUUAUUUCAACCAACAACACACUGAGCCUUUUGUCAUCCUCACUUUUAAGCGUCCAAUAUUCAAGGGAGAAUCCGACACUUUCUUCUAUUUUCCUGAAGCAAAGCUUUACAGGUCUUUCCAUUAUGACUUAUUUGCUAACAUUAGCAACCAUAAGGAGGAUCUUCGGCUUCUGGAAAAACAUCUCUGUGAAGUCAACCAGACCAUUCCCAGGAGCCUCUGGCCAAGCCCGACAGAUGAUGUCCCUUGGGAACUUUAUUCCACAAACUACAUCGCCAAGGUCAACAAGCAACUCUAUACCUGGUAUGAAAAGGUUCCCCCAGAGGUAAAAAAGUCAGUCUCUCCCGCAGCCAGAAGCGUAGAAGAGAAAAGGCUGGAGCAGUUCGGAUGCAACGAUGGUGGGAAAACAAGACACCAGGAUAGUAAGACCAGGUGCACUCAAGCCCCAUCAGGACAGUCCGAAAAUCCUACUGAUCCAACCACCCUAAUUGGAGGACAGGACCCCUGGUCUUGUGACCCAAUGGAAGGUGAACUGGCCCAACUCAGUCUACAAGCUGUGGACCUCAACAGCUCUCAAGAUCUUUGGCCUACGACUCUCUUCUCACCAAAGGAGCCAAAAAAUCUAUUAAGGCCACUCUCAGACCAUAAAGAGAAGCACUUUUCAUAUCUGACUCCUGAAGAGGUCAAAAAACUUGAGGAGCAGAAGGAUGCUGAAGCUACUAGAGCAUACUUUGCAAAUCUCUCAGACGCUGAAUGGGAAGCGCUCGAGAACAGAACGUGGGUCCCUUGUCUUGACACGUCAUCAGUUGUCGAACAGGCUUCCGAUGGUGUGGCACCCAGCAUCGUCCAAGCUGCCCCAAUAGCCCUUGUCCAAGUUCAGAUAGCUAGUUGGGCUUAUGACUUCUUCUGGCUCGGCAUCAGGUGGUAUCAUGCGGAGGGGGACUGCAGCCAUUGCCAAUCAAUCGAAAGGAAGGCUAGAAGAAUCACUAUUGGAAUCGGAACCUGCGAGCGGAAAGAGCGAGCCAUCCGUUUGUUUGCAAGCAGAGGCGCAUUGGCACUGGCAACCUCGACCACAGGAACAGGUCUUUUUGAACUGACACAGCUCGACUUUUAGGUAUUAUGUUAGGACUAGGAAAGCCAAUCCCUUAGGCUCCGUAUCAUAUUCUAAAUCGCCAUCGGAAGCUCGCACACAAGCCUUGCUCGAACGAAUCAAAGAAUUUCUCAGGAAGCAGAAUGCUCUGUAAUUGAAGCUGAAGAUAAAGAGUCAGCAAGGGG